GAGUACAUAUGUCCACAAAGGACCCGUUUGUUCUCUCGUGGACGGCGCUGCUUCCUUCGAUCUUAACAGCAGGUGCUGCAUCUGUCACAGUGAUCUGCGCAGCCCCCAGGCUAAUUCUUCACUUGUGCGCUGGAGCGAAUAUUGUCGAGAAACACACCCUAGUUCUGAUCGUCCAGAGCGUCAUCUAUCUUCACAGGCUAUGUAGAAGUUUCACUGAAACGCCUAGGUGAGUAGAAGGUUGCUGGCUGAUGCGCCCUACCAUAUGCACAUCUUUGUGAGCUGGCGGGCAUCCAGGAAUACUAUCGCCGCCCUCCACAUGUGCAUUGUGCCAGCAGGCUAUGCUAAUGAAUAGGCCGUCACCUGAAGGACGAAACAGACACAGGUGCGGCUGCGAACAACAUGCAGAGUAUCGACAAAGCCAGCGGUCAUGACGUCCCACAAAACCAGAGCCAAAAACCGCAUAUAAAGG